AUGAUGGGGUUGGAUGGCAUGGAAAUUAUUGCUAUUGCAGUUGUUGUUGGGAUGUUUUAUUUCGUGCUGAAACAAUUCGGGAUUUGCGACCCUUUGUCGCAGGAAGACAGCAGCGACAGCGACCUCGAACUCUCCAUGGUACGUCAUCAACCCGAGGGCCUUGAGCAGCUCCAGGCGCAGACUCAGUUCACCAGAAAGGAGCUUCAGUCCCUUUACAGAGGCUUCAAAAAUGAAUGUCCCAGUGGGCUUGUGGAUGAAGAAACCUUUAAGACGAUUUACUCACAGUUCUUCCCUCAAGGAGAUGCCACAAUGUACGCACAUUUCCUCUUCAACGCCUUUGACAUGGACAGAAGCGGAGCCAUCCGAUUUGAGGACUUUGUGCUGGGCUUAUCCGUACUGCUUCGAGGUUCGGUGACGGAGAAGCUACGCUGGGCCUUCAAUCUUUAUGACAUCAACAAGGAUGGCUACAUCACGAAGGAGGACAUGUUGGCAAUAAUGACGUCCAUCUAUGACAUGAUGGGCAGGUACACCUUACCCAGCGUACGAGAAGAUUCCCCCUAUGAACAUGUGGAGAAAUUCUUUCAGAAAAUGGAUCGGAACCGGGACGGAGUGGUGACCAUUGACGAAUUCAUAGAAACCUGCCAAAAGGAUGAGAGUAUUAUGUCAUCAAUGCAACUAUUUGAGAACGUCAUCUAA